AUGCUUGCAAACGCACCAGAAGACACCGUGUUGAUAUGCAGGACAUUGGCUUUAAUUAUCUUGUAUUAUACAUUUUCCAUUUGCCUUACAUUUUAUAAUAAAUGGCUGUUUAAGGGGUUUCACUUCCCUUUAUCAAUAUCCUUGGUUCAUAUACUAGUGAAAUUCGGUAUCACCGCUUUCAUACGUGAGUGUUAUCGCUUAGUUUAUGAUCAAAGAACCGUUUGGCUAUCGUGGCAAUCAUAUAUUCGAAGAGUCUCACCCACAGCAAUAUCAACAGCUUUGGAUAUUGGCCUUUCAAAUUGGAGUUUCUUGUUUAUUACUGUAUCAUUAUAUACCAUGUCUAAGUCAACUUGUAUCAUAUUCAUCCUUGGAUUUUCGAUAUGGUUCAGGCUUGAAGAAUUUAAAGCGUCUCAGAUUUCUGUCGUUGCGCUUGUCAGUGGAGGGCUGCUGCUAUUUACGUAUCAAUCAACGGACUUCAAUCUAUUUGGUUUCAUCCUGGUGCUAAGCGCUUCUUUUAUUGGCGGAUUGAGAUGGGCUUUAGCUCAGACAAUUUUACAGAAAGAAUCAGUUGGUUUAGCUAACCCUAUAGAUUUAAUGUUUCACUUACAACCCAUUAUGGCUAUUACACUUUUACCUUUAGCUGUUUUUAUUGAAGGACCAAGCUUAGCACUUUCUUCGCAGGUUUUCCGGGCUGCUAACCUUGGCGAUGCUUUAUGGACUCUCUUUCUUAUCCUAAUCGGUGCUAUUCUUGGCUUUCUACUUAGUCUCUCGGAAUAUUUUGUUGUGUUACAAACGUCGGGUUUGACAUUGUCAAUUUCUGGAAUCUUUAAGGAAAUUUGUACAUUGAGUAUAGCAUUUACCUUGGGUGGCGAUAAAAUAAACUUGAUCAAUUUUAUGGGCCUGGUUGUUUGCAUAGCGGGAAUAAGUCUACAUGUAUAUAUGAAGGCACAGGCUGUUUUAAAGAAAAAUACCGCAAAGGAUUACAACUAUCAGCGAGUUGAAACAAUCUAA